AAACUUCAGCCCUAAUUGUCCUGGGAAUGGCCAAGCUGAUGUUUGAGCCAGCAUGUCGCGGAGGAAGCAAGCGAAGCCUCAACAUUUCCAAUCCGACCCCGAAGUGGCCUCGCUCCCCCGGCGAGAUGGACACACAGAGAAGGGACAGCCGAACCGUGGCACCAAGAGCAAGGACGCCCACGUCUGUGGUCGGUGCUGCGCCGAGUUCUUCGAGUUAUCUGAUCUUCUGCUCCACAAGAAGAGCUGUACUAAAAACCAACUAGUUCUCAUCGUCAAUGAGAGUCCGGCCUCCCCACGCGAGACCUUCUCCCCCAGCCCCCCUCCCGAGAACCCCGGCGACCAGACGCGGGACACGGCGAACAAGACAGACCGAGUAGAGUGCGGCGAGCUUCCGGAACACCACGGGCUCCACGACGGGGACGAGCCCAUGGAGGUGGCGGCCCCGGGGGCCGGCAAGGGCGGCGGUGGCGGCGGCGGCCUGGGUGGCGGCCACGCCGGUGGCCCCCCCAGCUGCACCGGCGGCUCCUCCACAGGUACCUCAGCGAUCACAACCUCUCUACCUCAACUCGGGGACCUGACGACACUGGGCAACUUCUCCGUGAUCAACAGCAACGUCAUCAUCGAGAACCUGCAGAGCACCAAGGUGGCGGUGGCCCAGUUCUCCCAGGAAGCGAGGUGCGGCGGGGCCUCGGGCGGCAAGCUGGCCGUCCCGGCGCUCAUGGAGCAGCUCUUGGCGCUGCAGCAGCAGCAGAUCCACCAGCUGCAGCUGAUCGAACAGAUUCGUCACCAAAUAUUGCUGUUGGCCUCUCAGAACGCAGACUUGCCAACAUCUUCGAGUCCUUCUCAAGGUACUUUACGAACAUCUGCCAACCCCUUGUCCACACUAAGUUCCCAUUUAUCUCAGCAGCUGGCAGCUGCAGCUGGAUUAGCACAGAGCCUGGCCAGCCAGUCUGCCAGCAUUGGCGGCGUGAAACAGUUACCCCCGGUCCAGCUACCUCAGAGCAGCUCUGGCAGCGCCGUCCUCCCAUCCCACGGCGGCUCUUCCCCCAGCGUCAACAUCUUGGCGACGGCAGUCACCACCCCGUCCUCGGAAAAAGCGGCUUCGAGCGCUGGCGCCCCCCACGCCAGCAGCCCGGUGGUCUCGGCAUCCUCUUCACCAGCUUUCGCAAUAAGCAGCUUAUUGAGUCCUGCGUCUAAUCCACUUCUACCUCAGCCGGCCCCUGCUAACUCCGUGUUCCCCAGCCCUCUGCCCAGCGUCGGAACAACCGCGGAGGAUUUAAACCCCGUGUCUGCCUUGGUCCAGCAAAGAAAAAGCAAGCCACCAAAUGUCACCGCCUUCGAAGCGAAAAGCGCUUCCGACGAGGCGUUCUUCAAACACAAGUGCAGGUUCUGCGCGAAGGUCUUCGGGAGCGACAGUGCCUUGCAGAUCCACCUGCGCUCCCACACGGGCGAGAGGCCGUUCAAGUGCAACAUCUGCGGCAACAGGUUCUCCACCAAGGGCAACCUCAAAGUCCACUUUCAGCGCCACAAAGAGAAGUACCCUCACAUCCAGAUGAACCCUUACCCCGUGCCUGAGCAUCUGGACAACAUCCCCACCAGUACCGGCAUCCCCUACGGCAUGUCCAUCCCCCCGGAGAAGCCAGUCACCAGCUGGCUGGACACCAAGCCGGUCCUGCCCACGCUCACCACCUCGGUGGGCCUGCCGCUGCCCCCGACCCUCCCGAGCCUCGCCUCCUUCAUCAAGACCGAAGAGCCAGCCCCCAUCCCCAUCGGCCACGGCACCGCCAGCCCCCCGGGCUCUGUCAAAAGUGACUCUGGGGCCCCAGACCCCGCCACACGAAACCUGGGUGGGCUCUCAGAGGAAGCGGAAGGGUCCGCCGUGCCACCCUCUGGUGGCAAAAGCGAAGAGAGCGGCGUGGUCACCAGCUCGGCCACGGCAACGGGCAGCGGCACCCUGAGCUCCCCGGCGGCGGCGGCGGCGGUGGACGGCGGCCCCACCAGCGCCGCCGCGUUCACCAACCCCUUGCUGCCGCUCAUGUCCGAGCAGUUCAAGGCGAAGUUUCCUUUCGGGGGACUGUUGGACUCAGCAGCCCAGGCUUCGGAGACGUCCAAGCUGCAGCAGCUGGUGGAGAACAUCGACAAGAAGGCCACCGACCCCAACGAGUGCAUCAUCUGCCACCGGGUCCUCAGCUGCCAGAGCGCCCUGAAGAUGCACUACCGGACACACACCGGGGAGAGGCCCUUCAAGUGCAAGAUCUGCGGCCGGGCUUUCACCACGAAAGGGAACCUGAAGACCCACUACAGCGUCCACCGCGCCAUGCCCCCGCUGCGGGUGCAGCACUCCUGCCCCAUCUGCCAGAAGAAGUUCACCAACGCCGUGGUGCUACAGCAGCACAUCCGCAUGCACAUGGGCGGCCAGAUCCCCAACACCCCCGUCCCCGACGGCUACCCCGAGUCCAUGGAGUCGGACACGGGCUCCUUCGACGAGAAGAACUUCGACGACUUAGACAACUUCUCCGACGAAAACAUGGAGGACUGUCCCGAGGGCAGCAUCCCCGACACGCCCAGGUCGGCGGACGCGUCCCAGGACAGCCUGUCUUCCUCGCCGUUGCCCCUGGAGAUGUCCAGCAUCGCCGCCUUGGAGAAUCAGAUGAAGAUGAUCAACGCCGGCCUGGCGGAGCAGCUGCAGGCCAGCCUGAAGUCGGUGGAGAACGGGUCCGUGGAAGGGGACGUCCUGACCAACGACUCGUCCUCCGUGGGGGGCGACGUGGAGAGCCAGAGCGCCGGCAGCCCGACCAUGUCCGAGUCCACCUCUUCCAUGCAGGCCCUGUCCCCUUCCAACAGCACCCAGGAAUCCCACAAGUCGCCCGGCGUGGAGGAGAAGCCGCCGAGGGCGGUCCCCGGCGAGUUCGCCAACGGUCUGUCCCCCACCCCGGUGAACGGCGGGGCCUUGGAUUUGACAUCGAGCCACCCAGAGAAGAUCAUCAAAGAAGAUGCUCUGGGGAUCCUCUUCCCUUUCAGAGACCGGGGUAAAUUUAAAAACACUGCUUGCGACAUUUGCGGCAAAACCUUUGCUUGUCAGAGUGCCUUGGACAUCCACUACAGAAGUCAUACCAAAGAGAGACCGUUUAUUUGCACAGUCUGCAACCGCGGCUUUUCCACCAAGGGUAAUUUGAAGCAGCACAUGUUGACACAUCAGAUGCGAGACCUCCCGUCCCAGCUCUUCGAGCCCAGUUCCAACCUCGGCCCCAAUCAGAACUCGGCGGUGAUCCCCGCCAACUCCCUGUCAUCUCUCAUCAAAACAGAGGUCAACGGCUUCGUGCACGUGACCCCUCAGGACAGCAAGGACGCCCCCGCGGCCAGUCACGUGCCCCCGGGGCCGCUGUCGUCCUCCACCACGUCCCCGGUUCUGCUGCCGGCCCUGCCCAGGAGAACGCCCAAACAGCACUACUGCAACACGUGCGGCAAAACCUUCUCCUCGUCCAGUGCCCUGCAGAUCCACGAGAGAACUCACACUGGAGAGAAGCCCUUUGCUUGUACUAUUUGUGGAAGAGCUUUCACCACAAAAGGCAAUCUCAAGGUGCACAUGGGCACACACAUGUGGAACAGCACCCCCGCGCGCCGGGGCCGGCGGCUCUCCGUGGACGGCCCCAUGACGUUUCUGGGAGGCAACCCCGUCAAGUUCCCGGAGCUGUUCCAGAAGGACCUGGCGGCCCGGUCCGGGAGCGGAGAUCCGUCCGGUUUCUGGAACCAGUACGCCGCGGCGCUCUCCAACGGGCUGGCCAUGAAGGCCAACGAGAUCUCCGUCAUCCAGAACGGGGGCCUCCCCCCGGUGCCCGGGAGCCUGGGCAGCGGGAGCAGCUCGCCCCUGAGCGGGCUGACGGGCAACCUGGAGAAGCUCCCCAGCUCGGAGCCCAGCGCCCCGCUGGCCGGCCUGGAGAAGAUGGCAGGCAGCGAGAACGCCACCAGCUUCCGGUUCACCCGCUUCGUGGAGGACAGCAAGGAGAUCGUCACAAGUUAAAGCGACUCUUCCCAGAGAAGGAGCGUCCCUGUCCGGACCCAGGCCCUCAGUUGCCUCCCCCUCCUCGGCCCCACACCCCCUCCCUACCUUCUGGUUGCCCCCCACCCCCGGAUCACCGACCAACCACAUCACGAAGACAUUCUUUUUGUACCUUGUUCAACUUCUAGAGUUCUAAGAAAGCUUAUUUAUUAGUGGUAUAACCCUUGCUUUGCAAACCGAAUGCAAGCGUUAACUUUGGUCUUCUGUAUUUGGGACUAAAUACUAAUGGACUAGGAGUGCGUAAACUUGCUGUAACAUUUAUGGCAAUCACAAGUUGCCCUGCUAGGCGGUCUUAAUCGGCAUUAACUUAUUUUCUAUAUCCAGUUUAAUAUGAAUCUGGUGUUGAUGCAAUGCCUCCGUGAUAUAUUAGAUCUCUAAUAAAGUCUGUAUAUAAACGUACACUUUGAUCCUGCUGGAACGUUUUCUCAGCAAACACAUGGUCUGAUCUUUCGAAACAGAAUUAAGGAAAAGGACUAAAAAAGUACAGACUGAUUGAGUGUGGUUCUUUGAAAGGUUUGGGUUUUUUUGUUUUGUUUUGUUUUGUUUUGUUUUUUGUUUUGUUUUUUAAUUCUAAAACUCAACCUGCGCUUUUUUUUUUGUAGAUUUAACCAUUUCCGUUCCGAACUGCUAUUUGUAUUGUGCUUUCUACUUGAGUCGUCCUCAAUGUCCAUAGGUUUCUGUACAGUAAUAAGCACGCAGAACUCUUUAGAGAAAAUACAAGUGUUGUUUUGGUAGUGGAAACUGAGACGUAACAUUUUGCCUUGUAGGUAUAUUCGCAAUAGCAAACGUGUGCUGGAAUUUCACAGUGCUGCUACGUAUAGCAUCUUGAACAACCUUCAGUGAGGAAACGGUAGAUGCUCUCGUAUACAUAGUCAGAAAUAUCACGUUCAUCAAAAUGUACAUAUGUUCCUUCCAAGAGCAAAUGCUUCUUGAUCAAGAGAGCAGGUAUAGCGUUGGUUUAUUUUGUAUUAGGUAUGGAAGAAGAAAAAAAAAUUGGACUGUUACAUGCACUUUCUUGGAAAGUUGAAAGGAAAGCUGGGGGGGUCAAAUUUCUUUAACAUUUAAUACUUACUAACAACAGAGAUACUGUAAUUUUACUCAAGUAAUCAAAUACAUUUUUUUUUGCA